GGAGUACCCUGUAUUUGAUGUGUUCACAUCGUGCGCCAUUUCGAGUGAGCAGACGAACGUCUCGCGAGCGGGAGGUUGUAUGUGAAACAGAAGAAAUAAAACACAACAAAAUAAUUGAUAGAACCCGCCGAAUUUUAAUCAUUUUAAACUUUAAACUCUUGUUUUUGCGGAGGCUUUUUUGAUCAGCGGCGACCCUUUAACUCGGUGGGCAAAGAGCUGCGUUGGGAGAAGUUAAGAGAAAACGGACUUGGGGCUGCUGGGAGUUGUAGUGUCACUGUGAGGGACGCCUGCUCGCACACACUCGGCCCGCCCACAGUGAAAGAGCAGACACACAGACAGACGACCGCCCAGACACUAUGGAUCGUUCCCCCACCACCAGCAGCCUGAUGGCGAGCAACGUGACCAACAAGACCGACCCGCGCUCGCUGAACUCGCGGGUCUUCAUCGGGAACCUCAACACGCUGCUGGUGACCAAGGCCGACGUGGAGGCCAUCUUCAGCAAGUACGGCAAGAUCGUGGGCUGCUCCGUGCACAAGGGCUUCGCCUUCGUGCAGUACGCCAACGAGAGGAACGCCCGCUCCGCCGUGGCGGGGGAGGACGGGCGCAUGAUCGUGGGACAGGUGUUGGAUAUUAACCUGGCUGGUGAACCGAAGCCUCACAGGUCAAAGACCACCAAGCGCUCUGCAGGGGACAUGUACAGUAGCUCCUCGUUCGAUCUGGACUAUGACUUCCAGCGGGAUUACUAUGACCGGAUGUACUCGUACCCGUCGCGCGUGCCGCCCUCCUCUCCGCGGUCUCCCUCCAGCGUCCCGCGUCAGUGUGAGCGGCAUCCCCCAAGACCGUCCCUCCUCCAGAGCAGCCAGAGAACCUCCUCCUCGCGCACAAAGCUCACUCUAGACUGCUCUCUGUCUCUACACCCCGCUCCUGCAGUGAAGGCUGAUGACCUGCAGACCAUUAAGAAGGAGCUAACGCAGAUCAAGCACAAGGUGGACUACCUGCUGGAGAGCCUGGACCGCAUGGAGAAGGACCACAGCAAGAAGUCAGAGGGGAAGAGCGUGAAGCCCGAGCCAGGGGAGGUCUCCUCUCUCCAACACUCCAGCAGCAAGAAGGAGGAGAGCGUUAAGAGGGAGAGAGAGAGGGAGAGCCAGGAGCUGAACGACUCCGAGGAGGAGGGGGACCUGCUGGAGGAAGAAGAGGAGGUGAGAGAGACCGAGGAGGAGGUGAAGAGUCGAGGGCGGGAGGAUGACAACGAGGAUGAGGAGGAGGAGGGAGAGCAAGAGGAAGGAGAGGAUGAUGGUGACAGCGUCAAUGGAGAUGAGGACUCGUAGAUAAACACACGUACAUGCCCACACACACACACACGCGCACGUGUGCACAAACACUGAAAGGCCGUUACUGCUCUUUCCCUUAUCCGACCAGUCACCACUGUACCCCCUCCCAGCUUUUAUUCUCAAUGUUUAACAACCCCCUCCACCCAACACAGACUCACAGCACACACACACACACACACACACACACACACACACACACACACACACUCAAUUGCAAAGGAGUGUUUUGUUGUUUUAUUUUUUAUAGCUUGUUCUAUUUAGUGUAAUGCAUUGAGACUGGAUCUUACACAGGAGUAGUUAUUACUGUAGGUGACAGGGUGUGAGGUGUGGUAGUGCUGUUUCUGGACCAGCAGGUGGCAGUGUGCUGAUGUAUAUAGAGCAGUCAGACGGGAAACGCAUCUGAAAGUGCAGACCUUUUGUUUUGGGGAAACGAAUUAAACUGAACUUUAACAAUGUCCCUUGAUACUUUAAUAUGGCAAAUUACAUGUUAUGUCUCUUGUUUUGUUUUUUUUUUUUUGUCCAUUUGUCGUUUCAACUGUUUAAAAGAAACAAUUUCAAUAAAAUAUUAAAAUGAAAGAAA